AUGACAAAAAUUCGUCGAAGUGACGCGGACGAAGAGCCGAAGUCAGGUCACAUGUCGGCGCGUGCCAAGCGUCUUAGUACUAAUAUAGUAUCAUCCCACGCAGACCGACGUCGGCGUCGCGACUCCGUUGACGUCCCAUCUGGGGAAGGGGGGCGGUGGGGGGACAGCGGGGCGGGGGGUAGGCGGGGCGGGGGGGCGAAGGUGGAGGGUCACGACCUCGGCCCGGCGGCUCCUGAAAUACUCCUAGGCGUGGAA